CAGAACCCCCUCACCACCCUCUUCACUCUUGUUACGACAGUUUUCAUUCGACCGAACGAACGUUAAGGGACGUCGUUCGUCUCUUUGUGCGGCGCCUUUAAAGGCCGUGCAUCUAUUAAAUUGAAUCAUAAAAAAAGAAAAAAAAAAGAAAAAAAGUGGGAAGAACGAAACGAGAGAUAAUACAGAAAAGGAUUAUUUAACGCUAUAGUGUUUAAGUUAAAAAGAGUAUAACGAGGUUAGGAUAUCAAGAUUAGAGUUUAGCGGAUCGUUAAGUCGUCUAAUCACUAAUAGAAUGCUCAAACUCGUGAAAGCCGGCUGUACCGGCUUUAAGAGACUUCAUACAAGCAGCAAGAAACAGCUGCAACCUUUGCCUACAUCGAAGAAGUUGAGAUCGUUGAGAUACAUGGACGUUACUUUUGGAAAUGGCUUAGAAUUAGAACGAGCUCAGACACGCGAAUACAGCUUCAUUCAUGACAGUCAUUACAUGUACACGAAAGACCAAGAUCAUGCAUCAAAUGCUGAAGAUGUUCUCUUUGAUAUGUUCAAAAAUGAGGAAACUGGUCUUCUCUCGGUUGGCAAGUUUCUCGCUGCUUUGAGGGCGACCGGUUUAAGAAAAAAUGAUCCUCGACUUCAAGAAUUUUCGGACAAUUUGAAGAAGGAACAUUCGAAAAGUGGAGGACACGAAGGUGUGUCAUACGAGACGCAGAGAUUAGACAGGGAACAAUUUAGAAGAAUCGUAAAUCCGAACAUAGUGUUAAUAUCACGAGCAUUCAGGCAUCAGUUCAUUAUUCCAGAUUGGCAAGGUUUCACAAAACACAUAGAAGAUUUUUAUUGGAAAUGUAAAUCGAAUACAGAGGGCAAGGUUGCUUCGUACAUUCCACAGUUAGCAAGAAUGAGCCCGGAUUAUUGGGGAGUCUCAGUUUGUACGAUAGAUGGUCAAAGAUUCAGUAUUGGAGAUACCUCAAUUCCAUUUACGUUACAAAGUUGCAGUAAACCAUUAACAUACGCGAUAGCUUUGGAUAGGCUAGGACAAGAAGUCGUUCAUCAGUAUGUUGGUCAAGAACCAUCGGGAAGGAAUUUCAACGAACUCGUUUUGGAUUAUAAUAAAAAACCGCAUAAUCCGAUGAUCAAUGCCGGCGCUAUAUUAGUUUGCUCGCUCUUGAAGUCUCUCAUAAAACCCGAAAUGACAUUGGCGGAGAAAUUCGAUUUUACUAUGAAUUAUUUCAAAAGAUUGGCAGGAGAUGAAAAUUUUGGUUUCAACAAUGCAGUUUUCUUGUCGGAACGUGAAGCUGCCGAUAGAAAUUAUGCUCUCGGCUUUUACAUGAGAGAACACAAGUGUUACCCAGAUAAAACGAAUCUCCGUGAGAUCAUGGACUUUUACUUUCAAUGCUGUUCAAUGGAAGCAAAUUGCGAAACUAUGGCCGUAAUGGCGGCGACAUUAGCAAACGGUGGUAUAUGUCCUAUUACUGAAGAGAAGGUCCUUAAACCGGAUAGCGUUCGAGAUGUACUUAGUCUGAUGCAUAGUUGUGGAAUGUAUGAUUACAGUGGUCAAUUUGCAUUCAAGGUUGGAAUACCAGCAAAAUCUGGAGUAUCUGGAAGUCUCCUUGUAGUUAUACCAAAUGUGAUGGGUAUCUGUACGUGGUCGCCACCUUUAGAUCUUCUUGGUAAUUCUUGCCGAGGCGUACAAUUUUGCGAAGAACUCGUGACCGAGUUUAAUUUCCAUAGGUACGAUAAUCUGAAGCACGCGACCAACAAGAAAGAUCCGAGAAGGCACAAGUACGAAACGAAGGGCCUAUCCAUAGUCAAUCUUCUCUUCAGUGCUGCCAGUGGUGAUGUUCCUGCAAUGAGAAGACAUCGAUUGAGUGGUAUGGACAUGACAUUGUCCGAUUAUGACGGAAGGACAGCUUUACAUUUGGCCGCUAGCGAAGGUCAUUUGGAUUGCGUUGAAUUCUUGAUCGAACAAUGCAACGUACCUCAUGAUCCUAAAGACAGAUGGGGUAAACGACCAAUAGACGAGGCGAAAAAUUUCGGUCACAUGCAAGUCGUAGAAUAUUUAAACAAUUAUGCGCUUGUGCACAAAACCGAACGCGAGCACAUGGAAAAUAAAGAGAACGAAGUGAAUGAGGAAAAGUCUUCUGAAAAGAUCGGCCAGUCACCAUUACCAUAAAAAGGAUUUCAUCAAUUUAGAAAUUCAAGGAUAUCAACGCCAUAAAAAUCGAAAGAGUCAGAAUUAAAGGGAAACAUUAAUUACAUAUCGAUGAUAAUCAUAACUGACGUUGAUAAUCUUUGUUCGUAUCUCAUUAUUCUAAAAUGUUUUUAUUUGCAUAAAUAAUUAUUUCAAACGAAAUUUCAAAAUGUAUUAAUUUCGAUGAGUUACGAACAUAUUCGAUAUAAUAUCAUCGAUUAGUUCAUUGUUCAGUUUUAAAUGAUUAUUAAUCAAUUAUUUUUAUUUAUUAAUUUUCUCUUAAAUCAAUUACUAUAAAAAUUAAAGAAAAAAAAAAAAAAUAAAACGCCUAAAGAUAGGCAACAGAGUAUACUUUGUCGAUAAUAUUAUUGCUUUCGAAUUAGGAAUUUAAUUCUUUUUUUUUAUAUUCAAGAUGAUAGAUAAAAAAGUAAUAUAAUAUAUGUAUAUAAAUAUAAAUAUGUAAUAGAGAAGCUUAUUCUGUCAAUGAACAUAAUUCAAAAUGUAGAGGAUAUAUAUUUACCAUGCUAUUUACAUUAUCGACCUAGUAUGAAGGAUUGCCUAUUUCCAGGCGUAAUUCAAAUAGAUCAAUGAAUUUA